CACUUUAAAUAACGGUUUGCAACACCGGAAUUCCUGUUCGCCUACAUCCUCGCACAAAUCGAGUUCUUGUUCUCCACAAUCCCCAACUCCACACUCAGGUAUUCCACAAAACGUUAGCGACUACAUGCGUUCACCGAAGAGCACUACAAAGGCGGGAAAAAAAUUCGAGGAACUUGUUAUGGAAGUCACCGCCGAGGUGGAUGGCAAUGAUAUGAUGGUCGCUGAAAAUGUUGUAGUGGAAAACUCGCCACAGAGAACGCCAAAGAAACCACCAUUCACGUAUACGGAGCUCAUUGAAUACGCCCUCGAGGAUAAGGGUGAACUAACGGUUUCUGGAAUAUAUCAAUGGAUAUCUGAUCGCUUUCCAUACUAUAAAUCGAACGACGAUCGUUGGAAGAACUCAGUACGACAUAACCUCUCCAUCAAUCCACAUUUCCGCAAAGGACUCAAGGCGCCGCAGGGUGCCGGACACUUAUGGACAAUCUCAAGUGGAGAUUCAGCAGAGAAUGUGCUGGCCUGGGAACACAAGAAGCAACGCCUGGAUCUGUUCUUCAAAAUGGAGUCGAUGAAUCGUGAACGCCUGCAGCAGCACCAACAGCAAAUGCAACAGCGUCAGAGCUGCACUUCGCCGCAUCCAGAUUGCCAACAACACCAACAACGAAAGCAGCAGCAGCAACAACAACAGGCAUGCGUCUACGAUGAGGCAGCUACCGCCGCUGCUACAAUAGCACGAGAAAUGCUGAGCAACAGCGGCGACGAAGGCUGUGGGCGGAAUUCCAAUAACUCCAGCGACAGCAACAAUCAGAGGCUGGAGAACAAUCAUUUGGUGCACGAGUUGCCAUUUAACGACCUGAUGAGCGAUGAGGAACUGCGCAAGACAGCUGGACAAAUCUUGAAUGGUAUUCACCGCGAAGUGGAAGUGCAAUCGGUAAACUCUAUCAUCAGUACCUACCACGAUGUGCUGCUAGACAAUGAUUACCUUAAUCCCAUACAUAAGGAUAUUGCCGUGCACGAAAGUGGUCUGCGCAGCACAAAUGCCACACAUCUGGCGUCCAGCUCAUACAUACAUUCCCACAACACAACGAACUCCCAGUAUUAUGUCACCGAAAUCGAUCCACUGGAAUUGGGCAUACAAAUGUCACACCAAGUGGGCGCCGAGGAGGUGCUCUUCAACGAUGAGUUCAAUUUGAAUUACUUUGGCUAUAAUGGCGCCAACGAUAUUGCUGCCUGACCGCCAGCGCCAACCAGAGCUGAUAGAGCCACAAGUUGCUCAGUGCCACU